GGAAACUGUAUUCAUGAAAUUGCAUUUCACGUCGAUAUGACUCAUUUUUGAGCAUUUUUUUUUUGGGAACAGCGGACACCCCUUCAGUCGGCAUAAAUGGUACUUUCCAGGAAGUAGUACGCAAUGUGCAACCUAGUGGUUUAUCUUUGUCGCUUAGUGAAACAAGUGAGUUCAGUCAACUGAAGUCCCGCUGGAAAUUGAUAAAACAUUAUCUUAAACAUGCUAGCUUGUUUAAACGAAUAAAGCAGAGUUUAAGUUUCGUAAGCAGCUAAAUAACGGUAUCUGCUCCUCCUGGUGGUAAGCUAUCAUGCCAGACUGGGUCAGUCUGUGUGUGCUCAUUAGCUUGUUAAGUCUGUUAAUUGUGGCUGGUCUACUUUUAUAUUCCGGACUCCUCUGUGACAUUACUGUGCAAACUGGCUGUCCUCCCGUAAAAAAGAUCACCUUCGCCUAUAAGUUCAAAGAAGGACCGUACAAAGACUGUGGACAACUUUUCAAGGAGUCUCACUGUAUUGGUCCAGGACUCCCACAUGUCGGCGUGUUUUAUGAUGACCCCAGAAAGGUACCUGGAGCACAGUGCCGCUAUGCUGUCGGCAGUAUUCUGAGUGAAGGAGAAAACGAGGCCGACGGGGAGCUUCUAAAGCGCUACGAGACAUCUGGUUUUAAUGUCUUCUCCUUUCCCGAAGUCACACACGUGGUCACUACAUCAUUCCCCAACAGGACGUUUUUGUCCAUGCUCCUGGCAGUAUUGAGAGUCUACCCACGGCUAAACCAUUACAUCAAGGAAAGGAGGCUGUGUGCUCACCCGUUCCUUGAAAUCUACAGAAAAGGUCAGAUCCAGUUCAUGGCCCCUUUGGCUCGACAAGGAGAUUUUUAUGUGCCGGAAGUCCGACCGGUAGAAAGGAGGCUGUCGGAACAAGAUGAGUCGCAUAGUGACACGGAUGUCUCAGGUGCAGACUCGAACAGUGAAUACAGCUCAGGGAGUGGGGUUCUCCUGUCAGACAGCAGAGAGACGUCACUGGCAGCAUCCUCGGUCCAUUCGGUGCCCGUCCAAGAUAAAGGGAAGAGAAACUACAGAGGGAGAAGCUCUGGGGGAAGCUCAUUUAAAGAGCUGGAUUGGGAGCAGACUGGUGGCCGGCAGGACGAGAGAGACGAGCAGCUUCAUGGAGACAACCAGAAGAGCCUGGAGGCUCCCACUCAGGAGUGGUGGGGUGUGGUUGGAGGAGAGGAGUGAAAGGUCAGAGAGAUGUAUUAGCUCAGGGGGAGAGAAUAAAAGAAGAUUCUCAAGAAAAGAUUCAAGUCAACAAUGCAUUAGUAUAAUACCUUGAGACCUCUCCGCUCUGGAAGCACAUUUUUUCUUACAGAAGAUGCUGAAAGUUGUGAAAAUAGUUUUGUUUUUGAGAUGUUAAAUGAUUUACUAAACCAACUGGAUGUUGUAGUUUGUAAUCCUUUUCACUCAAUUUUGAGUAAACAGUGAAUUUGUUGGAGACAGCUUUUAGCCACAGAUCAAACCACAUUUGGUGUUUUAGUGAUAACUUGCUGCAUCCAGAAGAUUACAUGUAAUUACAGCACAUGGUUCAUGCUCAUCAUAACGAAGGAACAUGUAACCAAGUGCAAAUGGGUGAACAACAGAAGAGGUUUAGGAAUAUGCUAAGUCACACCUAAACUACAGGACUUGUUUCCAGGAUGAGUUUAUGUUCCCUUUUGAUCUUUUCAUUUGAUUUGUUAAAAACUCUGUAAUACCAUUAGAUCUGUUCUUUUUCUCUUAAUCGCAGUUUUAAAAUGAAAGUAUUUAUCUGUUUCAAAAUCACUUUUGAUAACUGAAAACGAUCCACUUGAAAGUACCCUGAAGUUCUUGAAACAUGUUUGCAAAAAUGAUGCUGUUCAAAAUGUAUGAGAUGACUGAAGUGAGUAUUUGUUAACCAAAACAUUUUACUUGAAUAUCAAUCUGCGCGGUUUUGAGGAUGACUGAGUUGUUGGACAAGUUGUUGUUACUUUGGUGUACUGAGUGAAACAUUAUCUUUCUACUGAACAAAGUACUGUGCAAAAGAUUUAAGUACUUCUAAAACAAUGCUGUAGGAUACUUACAAAAACAGGUACCAUGUAAACAGAAAAGACCUCCCUCAAGAGUUUUCAAGAAAUGCAAUUUGGUGCGCUGCCCUUCAAGCAGUAGCAGUUCUCCAGGUACUGGCAGGUAUUUCUUCAAAUCGUUUUUGAGAAUUUUCCACAGUUAAUCUGUGGAUUUAUCUCCUCAUGUGAUCCCAUACCGACUCCAUGAUGUCGUCAUUCUGCCAAAGAAUUCAGGAUUGGUCAAAUGCUUUCCUCAUGGUAUUGUGUGUUGGAUAAAAAUCAUCUCUACUUCUUGGUAUUGACAAAACACCAAUUCACACCAAAUCGCCAACUCCCAUUUGAAGAAAUGUUGAACCAAACAAAACAGUCAUACCUGUGGUGUUCUCCAGCCCUUUGCUGGAAAAACUUGUCCUCUGUUAGACCACAAGCUGUCAAUUUUCUGCACCCCAGUGUUUUCAUUUUCAUUCUCAGUUCUGUUUGAAAUGUUCACAUUUUCAACAAGCUCACAUUUAUAGUGAGGCUGUUCCGAAAUGUUUUUGUGAAACAUCUGAAGUGCCUAAAACAUUUGCACAGCACUGUGCAUGCAGGGAAUCCAAUUCAUUUCAACUGUAUGUUCUGACUUUUUUUUUAAUUAUUGUUACACAAAGGGCUGUAAUUUCAUCUAGUAAUAACUGACACGGGACAUUGAGAUGACUUGACUUGGCAGAGUGAUCAGUGUUGUGUUUUGAACAAUUUCUUUUGCUGUAUUAUUUGUCUUUGUACUGGGCUGUGUGUUGUAGCUUUCACUGAUGAUGUACAAAUUUUAAAUGAAAAUAUACUUUGCUUCCAAAGAUAGUGAUGUGAAUAAAUGCAGUUACCUGUC